CCCGACUGCGGUCACACUGAGAACCAAGAGGAAAAUGGAAAACACAAGUUAAAACGUGAAUAGUUUUGGGCGAAUAAUUGUGGUAUCAAUUUGGUGAAAAGGGGACAGGCGACAGCGACAGGAUGCCAGGCAAGGUGGGGGUGAAGAUCAAGGCGGCGCGCAACCUGCCGGUAAUGGACAAGAGCAGCGAGACGACGGACGCGUUCGUGGAAAUCAAACUGGCUUCCGUGACCCACAAGACGGAUGUGUUCCGCAAGAGCUUGAAUCCCACUUGGAACACCGAUUGGUUUCGCUUCGAGGUGGACGAUGCAGAGCUGCAGGACGAACCGCUGCAAAUCCGACUGAUGGACUAUGAUACGUACUCGGCCAACGAUGCCAUCGGUAAGGUGAACAUCAGCCUGAAUCCACUGUGCCUGGAGAGCUCCAGUCAGGCGGUGCACGGUAAGGGCACUGUGCUGUCCGGCUGGAUUCCCGUUUUCGACACAAUGCACGGGAUCCGCGGUGAAAUCAAUGUCAUCGUCAAAGUGGAUCUCUUCUCGGACGUCAACAAGUUCCGACAGAGCUCCUGUGGUAUACCCUUCUUCCACUCCCAGUGCGUGCCUUUUGGCUACCGCGCCCAGGUGAUUCACGGCUUUGUCGAAGAGCUCGUGGUCAAUGACGAUCCUGAAUAUCAGUGGAUCGACAAGAUACGGACGCCGCGUGCUUCGAACGAGGCCCGACAGGUGGUCUUUCUCAAGUUGUCCGGCCAGGUACAGCGGAAAAUGGGCCUGAAAGCCAUAAACAUGGGCGCCAAUGCCGUAAUUGGCUAUACCCAGUGCUUUGAUCUGGAGGGUGAUGUGGGCGUGGUGGCCCGAGGAGUGGGCACAGCUGUUACACUGAUCAAAGACACCAGCAGCAGUCAGCCAAAUAGCGCGGAUGUGGCCCUGAUCGAGGAACUGUCUCGAAAGUAUCUAGACUUCCUCAACUGUGCGGGAGCGAGCAGCUUGAGUCUGCCGCUUUCCGGCCGCACGCCCCAAUAUCGUCUCAAUAUAUACAGGGAGCCCAGCUCGUCGGCGCCUUCAUCUGCAGCAGCAGCGGCGGCGGCAGCAACGUUUUACCUGGAAAGUGCCAGCAGCGACACGGAGGACGCGGAGCUGAUGCAGGAUCUUAUCAGGCAGGAGGACGAGCGUGGCGACAGGAGUCGCGAGAAGAAACUGAGACAUCGCAUGCGCCGCUUAACUCUCUCCUCGAGCAAAGUUUUUACCCAGAAAUAUGCCACGCUGAUACGUCGAAUAGAGCCUAAGAUUCCAGAAAAUGCCACACAAUCGCUAAGCACCAUCUUUGGAGGAGGAGGAGGAUCAAGUACCACUCCGUCGAGUUUCAGACGGCGGCGCAAGUCGCGCUUUGCUCUCCCGAGCAUCAAGUCCUCCAAUGCUCCGUUUAUAGUGCGUUCAAUUAGCAACGACACUGGCGUGCGUCCUGGUGGCCAUGUGUCUACCAAGAGUUUCCUCACUGUGCCCGGUUUGUCAGAGUAUCAGGAGAAUACUCGUUCGGCGCCAGAUUUGCCGGUAGAUGAGUUUUUGGCCAAGAGUCGACCAACCUCCAACUACUCUACGGACUCGGAGGAGUCCCUGCAGUUGGACCUGGAAAUAGCUCCGCCCGAUAGCAAUGUUGAGGACUCCCAGGACGAGGAUAACCUGCAGGACAACUGGAUUAAGCCGGGAGAAACACGCAGCUGCGAGAACAGCCAGCAGGACCUGGGACCCAGGCACCACAAUCUGCUGGAGGACCUAAAGGGCUUCUCGCGACGUCUCCAAAAGCUGAUGCAUAUAAAGCCCAAAGAAAGUGAUUUGGAAAAGAAGCCAAAGCACCCCUUCGUGCCCUCGCUGGAACGCAAGCCGUACUACAGCUCACAACCGGAGUUGCCAACUUGCAGCGGUGACUGGCCAGGAUGUAGCCUUAGUGGCUCCUCUUCCAUGUUGCAGCUAAACUUUCUGCCCAGCUACGGGAAGAGUUUGCAGCGCAGUGCCUCACUGAAUCAUCUAGUGGCCCCCGAAUGUUUUGCACCUCCAGUGCCCCCCAACACGUUGCUGCUGAAGGCGCCCGAGCUGCGCGUAUGCCCCUCCACACCCACACCCACCCACUCCGAGCUAGUCGCCUUCGAUUACAAUAACUCUCCGCCCCCUAGUCGUGCCCAAUUAGAUCGUUUUGUAAAUAUCUCUAAUAGUACUAACCAUAGUAACCAAAAUAAUGAAUCAUCACUGCUUGCUCCAUUUGCCAUUCGCCAACAACAACAACAACCACCACGCGAACUUAGAUCCAGCACUGACCUCCAACAGCAGCCAGGGUUAGUGGGUGGACCAUCAGGACCAUCAAGUAUACCGACAACAGUGGAGGGCAGUAGUCCUAGCCUGAAACGCUUUGCAUCUCCGGUGGGCAGCAAUCGGCUGAAGCUAACGCCCAGCCCCUCGAAGAGCGGCAUCUCGGCCACCACGAAUGCGGACAGUGCAUCCACCUCGACCACAUCGACGGCCACCACAAUGGUGCCGACCACAGUUGGCGAGAUCUGCCGGCGCUCCUCUGAUUCCGACUUGAGUGUCACGCCCAAAGGAAACUCAAUUUGUGUGGCCAGCGAGCGCUUAGUGGCCGCCACGGCAAUGAUGCGUCUAACGCAGCCAACGGUUGGAGCUAAACCUGGCACUGACAGCCUGGACAUGUUGGAGUAUCCCUUUCUGACCAUGACCAAGUACCCAACGGGCUUCAUCCUCCAUUUGGGUGCCACUGUGGCAGCUCGUUCCGUGAAGCUGCUGGAGCGAGUGCCCAAUCCGGAUGAGCCGGAAGUACGUGACAGCUGGUGGACAGAACUGCGCAUGGAGAUCCGCUCUCAUGCGCGUUCCCUGGGCUGCAAUGUAGUGCUGGGUUAUGCGGAGACCACAACCAUAUCCGACGACGUGUGCGUCUUAUCUGCCACUGGAACGGCCGCAGUAAUCAAUAUGGUCUUCAAUAGAUCUGUGUCCCAAACCGAUAUCUUUACCAUGUCCAAGGCCACAGCUAGUGCGGCCAUGUCGAAUUCCCUAGAGGAGCGCGAGGCAAAUGGUAGCAGCACCGGAGAAGCAUCGGGCACAGGAAAAGACACUGGUUCGCUGGGUACAGGGACCAGUUCGACGGGUAAGCGUUAUGGCCUUCCGCCGCUCAAUGGACCACGCAAUGCCUGCGCCAUUUGCCAUAUACCCUACAACCUAAGCUCCGUCCCCUUCAACGUGAAGAUGAAGAAGUGCGCUGUUUGUCGCAAGGGACGUGUACCGGACGUACUCCUGGCCACGUUGGAGGUUCCGGAAUUCAUGCAGGUCACUGGACGUGGCUGCUUCAUGCAGGCUCAAGUGGUGCGCGCCAAGAGAGAUCUGCGAGCAGAACUAAAUGCCAAAGAGAUAUCGGAUGGUCUUCCCUUCCUGGAGUACGAACUGCAUCGCGUGCUUAUUAACAAGCUGAAGGCGAAGGGCAUGAAUGCCAUCUUUGGGUUACGCACCCAGGUGGCUAUAGGCGAGCGCAUGAUAGCACUGAUAGCCACGGGAACGGCCUUAUUCCUCAGUGCUCUGCCAGUGCCGCAGGUACCGAAGAUUGUGGCCGGAAACUCGUGGACCGACAAGCAAAAGCUGAACGAGCUGCAAAAGAAGCUGCAGGAAACGUUCGAACGCAAUCAGGAGAUCUAUCAGCUAAAGAGCUUGGACCCCGAUGCGGGAGCAGCGGCCUCUGCCGCCCCCUCGACGGACAAGCAAUCCGAUACCGAUGACUCGGAUGAGGAGGAAAUGAAUGAGAUUGAUUUGAACUGCGGCAACAAGGAGCUUUGUGUGUUAGAAGUCGAUGACAUUGAGGACUUGGAGAUUAUAUCGCUGCUGAUGGAACCAUAUCCCCCGGAGGGCUUCCAUGUGGUCAACACACAGCAGGUGCCGGGCAUGCUGGAAAUGGACACAGUCAAAAAUCUUCAGAUGUUCACUCAAGUGUGGCGUGCACGUCUCGAGGUGGGACAGAGUGUUAAUGGGUUUCCCAAGCACUUUCAGAGACUCCUGCAGACAAUUUACUUUAAGCUGCGCACCAUGAUACCUUGUGCCAUCUGCGAUCUUCGCUUCCGACUAGAUCUGCCCGAAACGGAUCAAAUCCAACUGCUAGUAACUGGCAUGGCCAUGGGUCUGAGCGAUGCCAGUAAAGUGAAGUACCGCGGACGUGGCCGAGUGAUGCAGCAGCAGCAACAGCAGCAGCCGCAGCCACAACAGCAAAACGGAUUCCAUGAGUCCCAGUCCCAGUCCCAGCCUGAAUUGAAUGGAAAACGUAUGCUGCAGGAGGAGGAUUACAUUUUUCCACUGGAUGAGGAUCAGAUGGUGGACACCCCCACGCCGACUAGCACCGCCAUACCGCCGUUUGGUAUGAGUUCAUUUAAAAUGCGCAAAACCUCACCAUCGCGGCUUAGCAACCUGGUGUCGGGUUUGCCAUCCACGGGAGUUAAGCCGCUGAGUGUGGGAGCGGUUCCCAGAAAUCGAUAUUUUCCCCUGCGGGAUCGUUAUGGAGUGGAUUUGACCCCACUUAGCUUCAUACCUGGCGGCCGAAUAGAUAAAUACCUAGGCAAUCUGAACUUUUUCUUUAUCCGGGAGAGCACCUCUAUCCGGGAGAAUGGCGGCAUUAGCGGCUUUGUCCAUGGCUUUAUCACAGAGCUGCUGGCCGUGGUGAGAGCUCACAUUGCUUCGCUGGGCGGCAAUGCCAUGGUCUCAUUCUACAUCACAGAACUCAUGCUGUUCGAUAACCAGCACAAGAAUCAGGGCCAAUGCCUGAUUAGCCUGGGGGGCGAUGCCGUCUAUGUGAGCUACCAUGCCGAUGACUGAUACAAAUGCUUGCGGGGCAUAUAGCGCCUGUUCUACGCGAAUCGUCCCAAAAGCCUCUACUCUCUAUAUUCUUCCGCUUAGCUAACACGCUGCCAGCUCUGCCCAGCAACUGACAGUGAAUCUGAGUCACGUUUACUUAACUUUACGGUCUCUCUAGUUGGAUUCUUUAUGCAAUAUUUGACCUGUGACGAAACGUUCUUUUCUUCGGUCUUGUUAUUCGUUUGCUUGAUGUUUUUAGCGUUAAACCAAUUGCAAUUUCUGUACAUAGUUGAUGUUUAUUGAAUAUUGAAUUUAGAUCGAGUGCGAAACACACAUACACAACAAGUAUACUAACGGAUAUAUACAAUUGCUGUAAUCACAAACAUGACACACAUAUACUCGUACUCCUAGAUAUCAAAUUUUUCGCGUGUAAAAUACAAUAUUUAAAAAUAAAACAAUUGCUCAAUUAA